AUGGCUUCUUCUCAACAGUCCUGGCAAAGCAUUGCCAGCUCCAAGCAGGAGAAACGCUGGAGUUUGAUCCCGGAACAAUGGAGGCUAUCUGAACGAUAUUCAUUGGGCUCAAAUGUUAUGAAUGUUCCUGAAACUUGUGGCAUCCUGACGGCGACUGAGAUCGAAAUCAGUUCUCACGAUGCGGUGCAAAUAUUGAGCCUGAUUGCAGACGGCACAUACUCCUGUGAAUCAGUGACGGUGGCCUUUUGCAAGCGCGCUGCAAUUGCUCAGCAGCUGACAAACUGCCUUACGGAGAUCUACUUUGAAGAAGCUGUCGAGAGGGCAAAGACGCUGGACGCCCAGCGUCGCGCAUCCCCCGAAAAAACGCUCGGCCCUCUUUUCGGGCUUCCAAUCUCCAUCAAAGACAGCUUCAAUAUCAAAGGCUCGGAUUCAACAAUCGGCUUCGCUUCUUACGCCAACAAGCCGAGUCAUGAGAUGGGAAAGCUCCCAGAGCUCCUUCUGGAUUUGGGUGCUGUGAUUCACUGCAAGACCAAUAUCCCACAGACUAUGAUGACCUUUGAUUCCGAUAACAACGUUUGGGGGCGGACGCUUAACCCGCAUAACACUGCAUUUACUGCAGGUGGAUCCAGCGGUGGCGAAGGCGCUCUCGUUGCCAUGGCAGGGAGUGCUAUUGGUAUUGGUACCGACAUUGGAGGCUCUAUUCGAAUCCCAGGUCAUUUUAAUGGGGUAUAUGGCCUGAAGCCUACCAGCGACAUUGUCCCGUUUAGCGGACAGGCAUUCCCCAUUCAUCCGGGGAUGCCGAUUUUUGCUCCAUCUGCUGGACCGCUCGCACGAUCCAUGAGGGACUGCCGAUUCUUCGUGCAAGUGAUACUAGAGGCAGGUGCAUGGACUCGCGAUGUUACCUGUGCCCAUAUAUCAUGGACCCCAAACGAUUCAGAGAUUCAAAGCCGAAAACUCCGCAUCGGCUUUGUCAAAGAUGAUGGUAUUCUAACCCCUACGCCUCCGGUACAAAGAUCGCUUCAGGAGGCUGCCGACAAGCUUGAGGCUGCUGGGCAUACCAUAGUCCCCAUCAAAUUGCCCCAGGUGGCGGAGAUAUUGACGACAGCCAGGGAGUUCUUCACGAUGGAUAGUCUCAAGGUAAGUCUCAAGAGCAGCUUCAGCAUAUGUCCCUUUUUGCUGAUAUGUACCAUUGUAUAG